AUGAAACAAAAGACAACUCAAACCUCUUCAUCGGAGGCAGACGAUGGGGCGCUUACAUGGCGCAGUGACCCCAAAGAGACGUUUAGCGAUUGGACUAUCAACGUAUUUGUCGCCUGCAUUGACAGUGGCAAAGCCAAGUUGCUCCUUCAAGGCCCAUCGGAUGUCCAGACAGCAGGCGAAACACCGGAACUCGCAGCGGCUGCGACCUACAGGGUUCACAAGGUUGUGCUGGCCUGUGGAAAACGGAGGAGCAAGCUUCUUGCUCGCCACUUUCGGAAGGCAGGAGAACACGAAAAUUCCCGGCACACAUUGCCUCUACCUGUGGCCGAAGCGUUUCCACUCGCCCUCGACUAUAUAUAUUGCAAAGACGGCCCUCUGGAAACCAAUUGCGAAUCUGCGGCCGCCUUGCACUACCUCGGAGUCUUGUUUGAAAUCCAAGAUCUUUGCCGCGACUGCUUAGCAUUCAUGAACCAAAAUGUAUCCCAGAGCAAUCUGGGCGAGUUCUACCGUCAGGCGAAAGCCUUCGGAGACGAGUUGCUCUUACAUUCCGUGGCCUCGCAACUCGGCCAGCGCAUUCUGGAUGUGGGCAUGGAUUCUCAUUUGCUCAGAGAAAUUGACCCAAAGACGUGGGUAGUCGCCUUUCAGUCAAAAGGCGCGAUGGCGACACGGGAAGAAUCCGAGCAUAAGAGCAAGCUCCUUUGUCGACUAAAGCGAUACCAUUGGAUAGAUCAGGCUACAAUCGCCGAGCUCACCAAUGAAGGCACAAUACCUCGCAUACAUCCAAGCGUUGCUUUGGCUUUGGCCGAACUUGAAAACAAACCUACCUUUCCCGCCAAGCAGAAUGACGUCAACGCCCCAGCAUCUGGAAAAGACAAGAACUGUGUUCUGGCAUCGGCGUCGUUUCAGUCAAGAUGUGCCAAGGCCUUGGCAGAAACUUGGAAGGAGACAGCUCUGUUCGAGAGUGUCACACGGGAGCUGUUGGAUAAUCGAGGCUCUGCCUUUAUCUUGGAAUUCACGUUUGCUUCGUUACAGAAGGCACAGAAAGAAUUGGAUAAGGCUCACGAACAAACUCGGUCCGCCGAAGAGGCCUUGCAGAAGAAACAGAGAGAAAUGACCCGAUGCAAGGCAUCCCUCCGAAAGAACCCGCGACGAGUUUCGCCCUCCCACCGGUAUGUCGGAUUCCGAAUUGGUGCGGGAGAGAACGCCUUUCGGGCUCCCGUAAUGGAGGUGUCAAACCCCACAAAUCCAACUCAGCCUAGCCAGUGA